UCAAUUGAAUGGGUUUAUUGUACUGUUUCCCCGUUUGUCGAAUGACUUUUAAGUUGUCGGGCAUCAAUUGGGGCUUCAAGUGGCGCACUGCAGGAGCACUCCCAUUGAUUAUAAGUUACACGAGUUUUGCUAAGACUGCGCCAUUCUUUGAUUUGGUUAGCUAGUAGAAGUACGUACUGUGAGCUUGUAAGAAAUAGUGAAUUUCAUAAAUAGAAGUGUCGCAGAAUGGGUUCCAGACAUGUUGUGUUGCUAUCUACUGCCUUUUUGUGGGUGAUAACUGGUAGCAAUAGCGCAUCGAUAGACCUAAAGUCGACCCGAAUCGUCGGAGGUGAAGAAGCGAAAGAUGGUGCAGCUCCUUUCCAAAUUUCUUUGCAGUCAUCUUUUGGGCACAAUUGUGGUGGUGCGAUAAUCGCAGAGCGGUGGGUUCUUACUGCCGCACAUUGCAUUGUCGGGCGCAAACCAUCGGAAUUAAAAGUACUAGUCGGAACAAACAACCUUAAAGAUGGCGGCGAGGUAUUUGAAGUUGAUUUCCUGGUUCACCACAGUCGCUACAAUAAACCAUCCUACCACAAUGAUAUCGCCUUGGUGCGAUUAGCGUCCAAGCUGAACUUCAGUGAUCGCAUAAAACCGAUUGAGUACUCGGAAAAAUAUGUGCCGGAUAAUGCCACAAUCACGUUGACCGGUUGGGGGCGAUUGUCGGCUGGUGGAACCGCUCCAAACAAGUUGCAAACUAUAAAUCUACUCAACGUCGAUCAUGCCCGUUGCAAAGAGUUGCACGGUGGUGAUGAGAGCGUGGACAUCGGACAUUUGUGUACUUUCACAAAGAAGGGAGAGGGUGCAUGCAAUGGUGAUUCAGGAGGUCCUCUUACCUGGGAAGGUAAGCUAGUCGCACUGGUGAAUUGGGGCAUUCCUUGUGGGCGAGGAUAUCCGGAUGCCCAUGCAAGGAUAUCCUACUACCAUGAUUGGAUUCGUACGAACGUGGCUAGCAAUAGUGAAUGAUUUGAUGAGAUGGUACUGAUACAGGAUAAUUUGAGGAAAUAAAUGGAUGAUGAUCAUGUAACUGA